GCAGCGAUUGCUCGGUCGAGGUCUAAAGUCACCGUGCUCAACCCUCAGGCUUCAGUUUUCCUCUCUUUCUCUCUCUCUCCAGUCUCCCUCCAUCUUAAGGUUUGGAAAUGGCGGGAACAAUCAUAGCUCAACAUUACAGAAUCUCACUUACUCCCUCACACUCAUUUUCACUCCCCCCUCCCCCAUUUCCUUCUCAACCAAUAUACUUCAAUUCGGAAUUCCCCAAAAUUAAUUUCCAAUCAUGCCUCAAUUCCUUCAAUUCUGUUCGCAAUCAAUCAAUUCAUCACUCGCAUCGACUAUAUUACUUAUCGCCUAUCCGGGCCGCGGCAAAUGAUGGAGAAGGUAAACAACAUGGUAAUGUGUUGAAAUGGGCAAAACCGUUGCUUGAGUUUAGUAGCAACAACUUUCUGCCAUUAGCUCUUAUUGGCGGGGUUGUUCUCGGACUUGCAAACCCGGGCCUUGGGUGUGUCGCUGAUAGGUACUACUUGUCAAAAGUGAGCACAUUUUGUAUAUUUAUAAUUUCAGGUUUGACACUACGUAGUAAAGAAAUUGGAGCAGCUACCGAAGCAUGGCCUGUUGGGAUAUAUGGACUGGCUUCUAUUUUGCUGUUGACACCAGCAUUUGCAAGGCUUAUUUUGCAACUUAAUCUUCAGCCUCCUGAAUUUGUUACUGGAUUAGCCCUUUUUGCGUGCAUGCCAACUACAUUGUCGAGUGGGGUAUCACUUACUCAGUUAGCCGGGGGAAAUUUUGCAUUGGCUUUGGCAAUGACCGUGAUAUCUAACUUACUAGGGAUCUUAGUUGUGCCAUUUACAAUCACAAAAUAUGUAGCUGCUGGUGUUGGCAUAUCCAUUCCGACUAAGCAAUUACUUCGGAGCCUUGUCAUCACACUGUUGAUUCCGUUGAUAUUGGGAAAGAUAUCUCGAGAAUUAUUCAAGGGUGUGGCAGAUUUUGCUGAUAGUAACCGCAAGCUUCUGUCAAACAUGAAUGCACUUUUUCUUGGUUUUGUUCCAUGGAUACAAGUGAGCAAAUCUAGGUCGUUGCUAUUGAUGGUUAACCCUACCGACUUUCUUUUAGCUAUAGGCCUUGGAGCUCUCCUCCACUUUGUUCUGUUAGCUUUUAAUGCUCUUUCCAUAAAGAUUAUAUCAUCUAUAUCCGGUGGUAGCAAAUCUGUCUUCUCCAAAAGACAAAACGCCAUUGCUCUGCUUUUAGUUGCAAGCCAGAAAACCCUGCCUGUCAUGGUUGCAGUUGUAGAUCAGCUUGGUGGAGCAAUGGGUGCUCCUGGUUUGCUGAUUCUCCCUUGUGUUGCAGCACAUCUAAAUCAGAUCAUUUUGGAUUCUUUUCUUGUUAAUUCUUUGCUUCGAAGAGAUCAGCACAUUCAUCUUGCAAAGGGAGCCUAGUUUCCAGGACACGAGGAUGUUACAAUUUACAACAUCUACAAGAUAGUUUCAAGGUGCAAACUUAAUAGUUACGAGGAUGUGGCAUUACUGGACUACUUUUUAAGGUCACACUUUGAAGUUUUGGGAGCCUUUCUAUACUAGGAUUCCGACCGCUCGCUAUCGCGCGCGGAUGACUAUCGAAAAAAACGAUGAAUUUUGGUCUCUAAAUCAAACACGAUAAAAACAAAGAGAGACGGUGUUUUUUUUUUGCAAUUUGUUGAUGUUAUCUUCUAUGAGCCGACCAAGAGUCAUAUAUAGCAAUUGUUUGGAGUUUGAGGACUUGAAUAGUAGGCAAAUAAGAUGGGAACAUCGUUACUAUCUUAUAAACAUGGAGGGUAAUGCUUGAAUGGUUCAGAAAUUAUGUAAAAUAGUCUCAUAGCCAACACAUAUAUGUAUAUUUCACGGAGGUUAAAUCCCUAUAUGUAUAUGUCAGUAUGUGUAACAAAAACGUACGAGGUUGUAAAUGUCAUUUAUGUAUCUAAUAAAUUGUGGUUUUGUUGCUCUUUCA